AUGUCAGCAACCUCUUCCAAGCCUGUUAUCCUCCUUAUUCACGGUGGCUGGCAUUACCCGAAAUGCUAUGGGCCACUCGUGGAUGAGCUCGAAGGCCUCGGCUAUUCCGUCCUAUGCCCCGAACUCCCAACUUUGGGGGCAGAUACGCACGGUAAGACUCCAGCCGACGACGUCGCCCUGAUCCACGAGAUUGUCCUGCCGCUAUUUGACCAGGGCAAGGAGAUCGUGAUCAUUGGGCAUUCAUAUGGCGGGAUCCCCGCAUGCGCUUCUACACAGGGCCUCGGAGUACAGGAACGGGCUCUCGAAGGCAAGAAAGGUGGCUUCAAGUCCAUUGUGUUCCUUGCAGCAUUCGCUAUACCAAAGCGUGGCAUGGACUUACUGCAAACGUUUGGAGGAUCCUGGGGAGUGUGGCAGAAUGCCACAACACCGUACACUAGGAACCAGUUGAUCACUGUCAACGACAACGCCAAACAUGCCUUCUACAACGAUAUGCCCGACGACGAGUCACAGAAGUGGUUUGACACGUUGGUCCCACAUUCUCAGGAUGCCUUCGAGACUGGUGUCGACUACGUGGCGGCCGACUUGACCAUCCCGAAAGGCUAUGUCAUUUGUGAGCUGGACCAGGUGAGUGCCAACUAUGACCUUCCAAUCGUGCCCAACUCGCGGUCCAAUUUCUAUGCUUCAGCCAGCCUACCUCUUCAGGCCGCGUGA